CGCCGCCCAUGGCGCCGCUACAAGAGGGCCGAGAUGGCGGCCGCCAGGGCUGCGGGCCCGCGGCCAUGGCGGAGGGGCCGAGCGCAGCGGGGAGGAGGAGGAAGAUGAGGAGGGUGCUGGAGCUGAAGGAGCGCCUGGGCCGCGCGAAGCAGCCCGCGGAGAUUCUAAAAGCACUUGAGGUACUACAGGAUCUGGAUAUAUCACUGGAUAUUCUAGUGGAAACUGGCAUAGGCAAAACAGUGAACAGCUUUAGGAAACAUGCCACUGCUGGGAGUGUAGCUAAAUCCCUGGUGAAGCGAUGGAAGAAACUUAUUCCUCCAGAAAAUAAAAGUGAUCACAGAGGAAGAAAAAAUACUGAAAAAGAAAAAGAUGAGACAAAAUCUUCUGUUUCCAAAGGAACCAAGCCUUCAGAGAAGCCCAAACCAUCUGUAUUGGCCUCCAAAAGUUCCAAUAGCUCUCCCCUUUCCAAAAAGUUGAAUAAGCAGCAUACUCGUAUUGAAAAAAAGCACCGAAAUACAGGUUCUGAGUCUCAAAAAGAAUGUGGUAAUAAAGAAUGUAGCAGCAGUGGUUCUAAACAUGGCUCCCAGGGUACUGAUCCUCAAGCUAAAGAAAGGGACUUGAAAGAGAGAGCCUCCAAGGGCAGCAAGGAAGGCUCAGAAAAGAGGCGUUCCUGUGUGGCCAGUAAGGACUUAUCCCCCACGAAGGAAAGGCCUGGUAAGGAUGCUCCCAAACAGGGAGAUCCUAAGCAUGUGAAGAAACCAAAACUUGUCACAGGAAGCAAAGCUAAGUUACCUAGCGAUGAGGAAUUUGAGCCCCCUACUAUGUCCUUUGAAUCUUAUCUUAAUUAUGAUCAAGUUACAAAAAAAAGAAAGAGGAAAGCUUGCUCUACAGGUGAAUGUCCAAAGAAGGGCAGCGAACAGAAGAGUAGCUCAAUACUGCAAAAGACUUCAAAGCUUUGUCGCACAGAUGAGGGAGAAAAGAAGACCCAAAACUGUGAGGAUGAUCAGUCAGAAACUCCCAGUAAAAAGACCAAGGUGGCGUCCCUCCAAGAUCUUCUUAAUACUCCACUGCCUAAAUUUCUGCCAGGCAUUUUAAUCUCAUCUCCCCCAUAUGCUGCUGACUUUAAGGUGCCUGUUGUGGAAGCACCCCAGCAAGUCAGCGAACCAGUUCAAUUCACAGGACGGAGACUGAACUCUAAAAUGCAAGUUUACUCUGGCUCUAAACCAGUCUGUCUUUCAAAGAUGCUUACACUGUAUGAGCAGUGCAUCCGUGUGCUUCAAAAUAAUAUUGAUUCACUACAUGAAGUAGGAGGUGUGCCCUUUGAAAUUCUUGAGCCUGUGCUAACACGUUGCACACCAGAGCAGUUGUUUCGAAUAGAGGAAUGUAAUCCGACAUUUACAGAAGUGUCUGACCACUUGUGGAAGAAACACUGCCAGAGGGAUUUCAAAAACGAGAGCCUCCUGGAAUACGAAUCUUGGCGUGAAAUGUACUUGAGACUCUUCAAUGAGAGGGAAGAGAAACUGAAGACGCUUACAAAAAACAUUCUUUCAGCUCAGUCUGAGAAACCAAAAGGCCGACAAGUGAAAAUGGCUUACAUGACUAGUGCAGCAAAACCACCCAGGAAUAUUCGCCGAAAACAAGAAAUCCAUGGGACAGCAGGACCUGUCACCCAGCUUCAUCCCACAGAGAAGUGCAAUGAGCUGUCCAGAGUGAUAUAGCUGACCAGAGUGAAUCUCAGCAACUGUUAAUACGCUGUAUUGUGGGCUUCCACUCUGGCAGCUUGAAGGAGUGUCUGGAACAGUCAGUCAGUGGCAGUAGCCAACACUAAUCACUGGAGGAACAGAAAACUGGGAUUCCUCAAAUAUUUCCUCUGUACAGCACAAACCCAAGGUCUCCUCCUGACAACUUAAUUCAGGGUAGUUCAGCAACCAUGGGAACCAAAGCAGAGAUGUGGGGUUUGUCCUGCCAUUCCUGCUGCCCUGAAGAACUCCUCUUAUACCCAAAAGGAUGGCUGCAACAGCAAGAAAAGACAGCUGUAGCACCAACUUCCACCCACUUCUCCCUUCACAGCUAUGUUGAGAUACUUUUUUUAUGUUUGUAUAUCUGUUCUUCUCCAAAACAAAAUCAGCAGUUUGAUUUAAAAGCACCCCAUGGGUUGGUUAGUCUCCACUGCUUUACAGUCCAAUGCCGAUACAUGGACUUCUCACGCUGCCUGAAUGCAGGUAUCUUGUGCUGUGGUCACUUACUUCUCUGUGAGGAGCACAGUGCCUUCCCUUCUCCCCAUAGCUUUGGUGUUUGCUUGUUGGCAUAACUGCUCUGGAGCUGCCUCUGUCAAAAAUGAUCCUUUUUGGGGGGGAAACUGUUUUAAUUGAUCUGGGUUACUCUUGGAUUGGCAGUUAAUGCAGGCUGACAAAUAUGUAAGUGGAAAGUGACAGGCAGCUGGGGAGUAUAAAACUUAAGCUGUUGCAGAGAUGAUGCAAGACUGACUGACAGUAGCCAGAAAUGUCAGCAGUCACUUUAAGUAGUUUAUGUCCUUGUGCUGCAGGGUCUGCAGUUGUGCUGAGUAAUUGUUCACGUGCCUAAGACUGAGCUGACCUGGGCUUAUAGGGGAGGGGGGCGGAGACACAAAUAACAAAACCUUGGGAAAGUGUGUAUAAACAUACACAAACAUACAUAUAUAAAACCAAAGUCUGCUGAUCUCAGGAACUUGAUUUACAGUUGAGCAGUCUACCUUAUUGCUCAAGACAGUGGUGGAAUGAGGCAGGAAUGACAGCCCACAUGUAGGAAAUUCUUAAAAACAGCUUUUAUACUGCAGAUGAUCUUUUUACAGCUGCACCUUUAGGUGAUUAAAUUGGGAAGCUUCUUUCCAGACUGUUGCUGUUACUGAUGAAAAGAUGGUCCAACACCAACGCAGUAGCUUAAGGCACUUCAAGCUAGGCUUCUGCUGUUGGUUACCCUGUGGGAGGCUGUAUCUGUUGUGACAGACUAGCCUUCCAGUUUAUGUGCUUCAGUACAUAGUGUAAGUGUCCUUUCUGUCCCAGUAACUGAAUGAUGUACUCAAAGUCCUGCAUAAUUUCUUUUUUUUCCCCACACAUGCUAAAUUAGGACAAACUGCUGUUGUGUGAAAGGAGCUGCAAGGAGGGUCACUGGUUUGCUUUCUUGAGAAACAAAACUUUGUUUAGGGAUGAUGAGUUAACUUCUUUGUUUCUUUGAAUGUGUCCUCUGAAAACCUGUCAGUUUAACUAUGUACAGCUGAAACUUUCACAAAUGAAGCUGGUUUUAUGGGAGCUAAAAAGGUCCUGUGGCACACAUGCAGAUCCCUAGCAGGCUGUUUGCAGUUUGGCAUGCAGUGGUUUAUGUUAACUGGCAGCAGGCCUCAGUGACAGACUCCAAGGCAUACAAGGCUGCCCAGAGUGCUGGGCAGUUAAAUGCUGUGUUGGCUUAGCUGUUUUACACAGAGCUGAUGCCUGCUGCAGCCAUCUCAGUCCUUGUCCUGUUGACUGGUGUUUCCAACCUAAUAUUUAGUCCUAGUCAUUGUGCCUUUUCCUAGGCAUUUCUAACUUAAAGGGAAAAAAAAAAAAAAAAAAACACCUGAAAACUUGAGUGUGAAUUUUUCCUAAUUUUCUGGCAGAGAGACAAUUAGUAGUUUGGCUGUAUUCAAAACCAAACAAAAAAAAAUCAGAGAGCAAACUAGAACACAGGCCAGCAGCCUAUUAUGAGUCAUCAUAAUAGCUCCAUCUGUCGUGAAUUCAGAUCAUUUUAUUUUAAAGACAAAUAAGAGGUAUCAUAUCUAAUGAAUGGAAAAAUUGUGCAAGAAUGGAAAUGGACUAGAUGACCUCAAGAGGCCCUUCUUAACAUGAGUUCUCAUGAUUUUAAAUGAUGGGAUAAACUGAAGAGGAGACAGAUUUGUUAAAAUGCUGUGACUUUUUUUUAUUAAAAUGAUAUGGAGCGAA